AUGACGAGUCCUCCAAGAAAUACGGAAGCUUUUAUAAAGGUGGAGGGUCAUGGGAGGGCUGAUGCCUAUCUCAGCAAUCAGCGGGAGAGAAGCAUCAUGCUACGCUCUGGACAGCAUGAAGAAGGUAUUCAGAAGUCACAUGAGAACCCUAAAAACCUCCCUGCAGAGGACGUAGCAGACAAACAGAUGCUGUGGUCGAGAAUAGAUGAGCAGUCAAGUUUGAUCUGCAUACUGAAGGACAGAGCAGAUGAAACGCUUCUACGAUAUCAAGCUCUGCAGAAAAUUAUCUCCGACCUUGAAGAUCAAGCAGCCCAGCGCCAGGAGGAAUUGGACAGUGAAAAAAAGAAAGCAGAGACAUUAGAAGAAAGGCUCACAGAUCUGGCUGCCAACAAUCAAGCAAUCAUUUCUUUCACGGAGGAGCUCAAGAAACAAAAUGCCCAAUUAAAGCUGGAAAACAAGCAGCUUCAGCUGGAAAAGGAUUCCCAUUUUAAUCAAAAGUUACACAAUAAAGAAGAAUUAGGUCAAAAGCUCCUACAAGAAAUCAACCUGCUGAAAAAAAAACUUAAACACGAUGGCAUUGAAUCUAGGGAGAAAUUAGCUGAAUGUGAAGCAGAACUCAGAGAACAAACAGUUCAGCAUCAAGCCAAAGAGGACGCUCUACUCCAGCAGUUGCUUGAAUUUCAACAAAAAUACAAUGAAGCCAUGGAAAUAUGUAAAGAUUUAAAGCUGAAACUUAAAGAGACUAAAGAACAACAAGCACUGAAGGAACUCAGCAUGAAAGAAAGUAUAGGAAAUCUCACCAAAGAAAAGGACAAAUUGCUGAUUAUUUUAAAGGAAAGAGACAAAGUAAAUCAGGAUCAACAGGAAGAAAUCCAGGAGCUGGAAACAAAAUGGAGAAAGGAGAAAAAUGCUCGAAUUAAGGCACAAAACCGGUUUGCCCUGGAGGCCGAAGCAGUAAAUGCAGAAGUAAGAGUGAAGUCUCUCCAGGCUGCUCUGCAUGAAUCCAAUACGAAGUUUCAGAAACUAAAUCGGGAUUUUGAUGCUUUCAAGGACCACAGUGCCGACCUCCUUACGCGGGAAAGAGAUUUAAAUAAAAUACUUCGCCAUAUGACAGGCUAA